AUGGGUGCACCUGCGCCCAGCAGCAAGAUCAGCCUGAGCGAUGACGAGUCCCCCGCUCUCCUCCGUCUGUCGGGCGCUCAGCAGGGUGUGCGCCUGCCUCAGUGUGUGGAGGAUGCCUACGGCAACACCGCCCACGCAGGGGCCGUCGUCGACACGCGGAGGCCGGAGGGAGCAGAUGUGGAGUGCAUCCAGCUGAGGGACCUGCUCGUCGGUCUGGCUCGCCGCAUUGGUCUUGAGAAGCCGAUCUCGUGGACGCUGUAUGGAUGCAGACAAAUCGUAUAUGAGGAGGUAACUACACGCGCAUUCACAGACAUCGGACACACAAACCACCAGAUGCUGUCUGUUUACCAUGGUGUUGUGUGGGGUUGUGGCGUGUGUGUGCAGGUGUUGGCAUCUCUGCAGCUCGACAAGCUGUCCGCCGACCAGGCAGAAGCCCUGAGGGAGCAUGCCCGGCAGCUGUACGCCGAUGCAUUCACACAGCAGCUCUGCUCCGUGUACAUGUGGAAGUACCUCAAAAUAGUGCUGCUCGUACUCGCUGACAAAAUAGAGGUGCGUGGCUGGGCGGGUGGGGAACGCACCGAGGCACAGUCUUUCUCUCCUUUUUUUCUCAGAAUACGAGUGAGGAGCUGGCCAAGGACGUGCAAGCGAUCCGCGAUGGCGUUCCGCCCAACGGCGUCAGCAAGGAGAGAUAUGCACAGCUCACAGAAGGCGCGCCUGAUGGCUACUGGCCCCCUCUCCCGCCCCUGCCCCCCGCACGGCCCGAGAGUGAGACCUUUGUCCACUUCGCUCAAGGGGCCUUCAACAUUCUCAUGAUGACCAGGCAUCGACGCCUCUUUUGGGACCUGGAGAUGCAGGCCAUGCCGGCCUCCAAUAUGGACCGCCUGCUGACGCUCUUCCGCCCAAACAUGAUGACGGAGGAACUGAUGGAUCAAGGCGGUCAGGUCCAGCCGACGCUCACCAUCACCGGCGCGCCCGCCAUCAAUGGCACCUACACGAUUCGACCGGCACCAGAGCAGACAGCGAGCGAGCGCAACCCACCGGAGGAGGCGACCGCGUUCGUGUGUGGCACGGUGACGCUCGAGCGGCUCGUUUAUCCGCAAGGCCAGGGCAAGGUGGGCGGACUGUGGGUGGCCCAUGAAGUGAGACCAAGUCUGGAGCCUUCCCUCCAAGGGCUGGUCACAGUCGACCUCCCUACGUGCAUCGCCUUUGCUCACAUCAAGGAGGACGCGUGCGUCCCCGACCAUCUGCUGUCCCACCCCGCCGCAGUCAACCCCGCCUUCGAGACGAGCGAGUGGUUCGCUGUCUGCCCCAAGGGGGAGAUCACCAAGCUGGAUGGCGUCACCAUGACCACCACCCUGCCGCUGCUCGUCUAUGUGCCCCGGUCGACAGUGAAUGCGACGACGCACGAGCCGGGGAUCGUCAGGGAGCCGCAGCAGGACAGGCUGCUGUGGUGCGAGUCGCUGUCUGGGUGUCUCAAAGGGGCCAGCAGCCCUCCCGUGGCCUUCUAUGUCAAUGCAAGCAUGAUGCGGCACCUGCCGGCCUCAGCCCGACAUACCGAGCGGCUCGUCAGCACCACCGACAGCAGCAGCAGCAGCAGCAAGAGAGAGGAGGAGGAGCGAUCGUCGCCCAUUCUGAUCAGCGAGGGCGAGCCCGCGGCGGCGCCGCGUUUGAGUGACGAGUACGUCACCAUGCCCUUCACGGAGUGGCCGUUUGCCGCCGUCCUGGCUCUGCUCGAGGACGGCCGCCGCAUUGUCGGCGACCAUCCGCGAGGCUACGGGGCAUACGUGUACGCCGUCCUCGACGAGAGGCGAGUGCGCGGGCCAUGCAACACGUGUGGCAAAGAGCCGCCGCAGCCAAAGGGCUCGGAGGACGCCCCCGCCCCCUUGGUGCACCUCCUGAGGUAUACCGAGUUGGCCAAGAGAGACCUGACGGGCUCAACAACGGCCGCCCUGGUGGAUGCACACGCGGCGUACAUUCGGGUAGCGGGUGAGGGGCUGUUUGUGACGGACGACACGGACGUGACCCGAUGGGAGUGCGGCGCGUGCACGCUUAACUUCAUCGAGUCCUGCAGGAGUGUGCCCAACAGGUAGGCACACAUGACACAUGAGUGACUGAAUGGAUGGAUUGGGUGUGGUUUUGAUGCAUGAGUGUGUCUGUGUCUGUUCGCACAGGCCACCAUCUUCGGCGGAGGAGAUGAAGGAGAUGGGAAUGCGUCUCCUUUCGGCAUCGGCCUCCCUGAACCAAAGGCGCAACAGGCAAGGAGGCCACGCAAACAUACACAGAAGUGGCUUAAUUCUUCCCUUUUUCAUCAACAGCGGCGCCUCUCGCGAGCCCCCGGCCGCCAGCAGCAUCUUCCGCGGCAUCUUCACUGCCAAGGACAAGACCAAACCCGCACCCACACCAAAGGCGAAGCCGACAUCCAGCCAGCCGCAACGGAUCACCAACGCCGCCCUGCCCAGCCCGCCACCCACCCCGCCCACCACACUCGCCACCACCGUCACAGUCGAGUCCAUCCAUGAAGCCUUCCCCGACAUCGCCACCGUCACGUCGGGUAGAGAGGGCGACAAAGAGCCCUCCGAUGAGACGCUGGCCGUCGUGCGGGCCUUCCUGCAGCACAAGGGAGGGGCGGCGGAGGGCGAGGGUGUCGGCUGUGUCGAGUCGAGUGAGUGCGAUGGGGCCCAGGAGCGGGAGACCUACCUGCGGGC